AUGGUAUUGCUGUCCCUACAACUACGAGUGCCACCAGGCAUUGAACAUCGACUGAACGAACAACAACAAACACCCAGUCAUAACAGUACUAGCGAGGCACUGGUUGUUGACACAGCUGUAAAAGGUGCAGGCGUUGCUGGUGAACAGGACCCGGAAGACAAGACGCCGAAUACUGACGCUGUUGGGGCCGCAAGUUUAAGUGAUGGCAUUCCUGUCCCUAAAACUCGCCAGAAAAAGAAAACACCAAAGACUACGAGUGCCACGCCAGGUGUUUCCGCUGUAGCUGCUGCAAAAUCGACUGGCUUGGAACAGCAAGGGAAGCAGCGAGCCAAGGGAGCAAAGGGCACCACAGCACAAGUGACAGUUCCAAAAUCGCGAAAGAAAACGAAGAAGAUGAACGACGGUGGCGGCGCCAAAACCGACAUUGACAGGUAUCAGGCAGCGGGGACUCCUCAAAAUAGGCAGCACAAGACGGCACAAACAAAUUCCUCUCGGAGGCAACAAUCCAGAGAAGCCAUGCGAGCAAAGCGCGACACAGUUUUGCCGGACAGGACGAAUCCCCCUCCAACGGCCAGCAGAGCAGUAUUGGUCGAAGACAGCAGUGACAAGGAUCGAAGCCACACCGCUUUGGUCGGGAUGUUUCAAUUGGACGAACCGGCACCAGGUAUGGAAAUCGAGAAUGAGUUUGUCUUACAUGAAGCACGACAGCAAGACGCACCAGUUCCACUGCAAUCACAUGAACCACCAUCAUCGUUUCUUGUGGAAGCAAUUCUUGUGGAAGAAUCUGGGACUUCUUCUGACACUGAGAAAGGAAAUGACAUCUUCAUGAGUGAAACCCCCAUCCUAAUCGCAGAGAAGGUUUCUGGGUUUGCCGACCUUCGAAGAUUGUUCUACCUGGGUUUCUUAUUUUAA